GUUUUCGCCGGUUAGUCGCGGAUCAAAGAUAGGCCUCGUUGCGGAAAUAUCGUAAUGCGUAAAACCGCUCUUUCGAAGUAUCGAUCCCUGACAAAUGUGAUGUGGUAUCAUCGUGAAAAGUACGAAGUUUCGCGGUAUAUAAUUACACUUUAGCCGCUUGGUUGAACGGCUUACAAUAUACCGCUUGUUAUUCGCGUGCAACUUGGUAGCUUAUAUUAAGUAGCUAUUUUCACCUUUGCGUUCGCGACGCUCUGGUGUAGCUUGUUGAGUAGCUAUUUUUGUGAUUACUUUUUGCUCUUAACGAUUUUGCGUUAAGAGACGAUUAAGGCGGGAUGAAUUGGCUGCGUGCUAUCGCAUAUGCGCAUUAUCGGGUUGCCACUUUUGAAUGAUAACAGUCGCAUGUCCAACGAAGCGUGAUAAUUUCAGGCAUAUAAUUGAAAUCAAUUAGUUUGAAACAGGUAAUAAAAUUCAUCGCGAUAGUACGGUAUUCCUCGCCGAAAAAUCGAUAAAUUUCCCUCUCCUGCCCCUCCCCUCUCUCUUUCUUUCUCUCGCCCCUUCCCUCUUUUCUCUUUGCGCCGCGGUGCGAGAUAUUCUUUGUUCGAUAAAUCAACGUCGAUUUCAUCCCUACGUGAGCAUCAAUUACAAGACUCUUCUUGAGACAUUAAUUUAUUAUCGGGGAGAAACGUAAUCUCACGGGCGAUUGAUACACUCGUCGCUGAGGCGAGUAACACAAAAACAAUCGCCGGUUCAUCGCUAAUAAAUAAAAAAGGAAAAGAAAGAACGAAGAGAAAGAGUGUAUGUUCAAGCAGCUUUUGGCAGCGAUACGAAGUAUCAUGAUUGAGGAAGCCUCGUUCAAUAUGAUGGAUGAACUAUUCUCCUCCCUGAGCACAACGGAAACCAGCCUCGAGAGACAGCUAUUUUCUGCCAGGACGACUCUAACUAACGAUUAUGAAAGUUCGUGUACGACUUCGCUCUGCGACGCUUUCGAAAUACUCGACAAUCAGUUAAACAUCACAAGUCCGAUUGAUUGCUACACUGACUUAAAUUGUUCUUCUUCUUCUUCUUCUUCGCAAUCGUCUUGGAAUGAUUGGUCGAUCACUAAUACACCUACAUCCUCAGGUUGUUUGAGCGAACUGGGCGAAUUGGAGUUGGAUUGGUAUCUGGAAAGAACCUCGGACUUGGGUCUACCAGAAAGAACACCACUGUGCACCGCUGGAUGCGAAGGGUUUCUACAUUUGCCACCUCUAUCGAAUCCGCAACAAAUGCCACAAUAUGAAUACGAAAAAGAACCAUUGCUAGUACUCGGCAUCGAUUUACGAGCAUUGGAUAAUACAUUAGAAACAAAUACGAUAGAUUAUAAUAACAAUCAGUUAGACGACGGUCUCCUAAUCUCGUCAGAAGCCACUGCUGCUUUAGCAACACACGAUUACACCAAUCGCAGUUUAAUAAAUGCAGCCGAAGAUCGAUGCUUCCCGUGUACCUACCAGGGAUGUCUAAAGGUUUAUGCUAAGGCUUCUCACUUGAAAGCUCAUUUACGCCGACACACCGGCGAGAAACCAUUCGCGUGUACUUGGGCCGGUUGCGUUUGGCGUUUCAGUCGAUCGGACGAACUGGCAAGGCACCGACGAUCGCAUUCUGGCAUUAAACCAUACUCGUGCGAGAUGUGUUCAAAAAGAUUCGCGCGUAGCGAUCAUCUGGCCAAACAUCGUAAAGUGCACCGCAAAAAUACCUAUCCAUUAUUUCACGGAGCUAGAGGAUUACGUGGCAGCAAAGUGAACGUUUUACAGUCAUAAAUCUUUCUUCCCCCCCCCCUACAUGUCUUUUAGAAUUUCCUCUUAAUUAAUAAAGCAAACCAAAGUUUAUCUUUAAGGAGAUGAAACAAUGCUGCGGCACAGUUUCUAUAUAAAUUGAUAAAUAAAGUACUUAUAAGGUGAUUCUAUUUAAAGAUAAUUAUUGUAACAAAAUAUGUGCCAAAUUAUUAAUAUGAAAAAUGGUGAUUCUUAACAUCGGCGGCUAACCCUUUCCUUGGUUUUUUAAUAUGACUCAAUAUAUUUACCUAUGUCCUGUUUGAGAAUCACCAGUGCAAGCUUUAAUGAAAUGUAUUUUUCAUGUAUUCUUACAACAAUCGAGAGCAUUUAUAAAUUUUUAAGAUAAUGUGUAUGACACAAAUUUAUUCGACUGAAUAAACAAAAUUAAUAAAAUUUUUAAUCAAAUAAAAAAUUCAUUCAACUUAGUAUUAACACGUCUAGUUCCUACUAGCGACUGUUACAUUAUUUCAAUAAAAUAUAAUCAUUGUAAGGAGUAAUGACAAAUCCUAGGAUAAAUACAU